CAUUUGUUUAUCGCAUUCAUCCUUACUUACACCUCUUAAAGUCCCAUUCAAGGCGUAAUCAACAUCCUACAUAAGAGAUUAGACACAAGCAUCAGAAAUGCCUCUCAUCAACGAAUCGCACGACUCCCUGCCAUAUAUCGAGGCAGAGCCCUCAACUUCAGCCAGAGAAGCGGCGGAGAAGCUCAUUGCCGCAGAGCUCCCGGGCGACUUCCAGACCACCAUCCACCCGUCUAUCCCCGCUUUCCCCGACCCCCAGUUCUCCCCCCUCAUGCAGCAGGAAGUGGAUCGCAAGGCGUCCGGAUUGCCUUUGACUGGUGGAAUUGACAUAUCACGCUACGAGGCCCCCGAACCGCCCGCCAGAGCAUCGGACGGAUCCCCCGACCUCGAGGAGUGGCGCCGGACACUGCAGAAGGCCUACACGGCCAGUUCCCACCUGUCCAUGCGGCACGACAACCUGGCGCUACUGGAGGAGAACGGGAAGAACGCGUGGCUGAUUGGCAACUCGCAGCUGGAAGAGAUCCUCCGCGGCUUGGAGAAGGAACUGGCCGAGACCAAGGAGGCUGCGGAGUCGGUCAACAAGGAGAGGAAGAGGGCCCAGGAAGCCAAUCAAGCCGAGCUGGAAGGAUUGGAGGAGACAUGGAAACGCGGGGUGGGCGCGAUCCUCGAUGUGGAGUUGGCUGCAGAGGGUCUGCGCAUGCAGAUUCUGGAGCAGAGACGCCAGCUGGCGCAGCAGCACGCGCGGUAACAGCCCUCGUCCUCAAGGGAUUUAGUUCACUUUGGAAAAAGAGCAGACGGCCGGGCGGGGGGUUAUCGCAGCGCAGUGACUCGGCCGGAUGGACCGGGAAAAGU